GUCCUUCAAAGUCGCACGGUCAUGUUCAGUCGUCGUUCAGAUCGGUAAACACCAGUGCCCUUUUUAUAUUGGUAUACCAGGUGGAUCCGAAGACAUCUACUCAUCCCUAUACUGCUUGUGAUUGCAGAUUAUAUACCGAAAAUGAGACUGAAGGCUGUUUACAUUACCAGAGCAUGCGUAUGUAUGGUAGUUUUCCUGCUAUUGAAAAGUUUCAAUUAUGAGAAAGAAAGCCAGCCUACUACUACUGCACCAGACCAACAAAGUGACACUGCAGUGGUAAAUGUGUCACCAGACCAACAAAAUGACACCGCAGUGGUAAAUGUGUCACCAGACCAACAAAAUGAUACCGCAGUGGUAAAUGUGUCACCAGACCAACAAAAUGACACCGCAGUGGUAAAUGUGUCACCAGACCAAAAAAGUGACACCACAGUGGUAAAUGUGUCACCAGACCAACAAAAUGAUACCGCAGUGGUAAAUGUGUCACCAGACCAACAAAAUGAUACCGCAGUGGUAAAUGUGUCACCAGACCAACAAAAUGACACUGCAGUGGUAAAUGUGUCACCAGACCAACAAAAUGAUACCGCAGUGGUAAAUGUGUCACCAGACCAACAAAAUGACACCGCAGUGGUAAAUGUGUCACCAGACCAAAAAAGUGACACCACAGUGGUAAAUGUCUCAGAAAUAUAUGAUGCAAUGGACCGUGUAUUUGUAGAGGCGUCGGUACUGAAAGGCUACAUCGUGUAUAAUUGUGACGACCAACAUACGGGCUACUGUGGAGGGUGGUCGGACCGGAUGUCGGGCAUGUUUAGUGCCUACGUCAUUUCCGUGAUAUUACGUAAACAUUUCCUCAUACAAUAUACACGAUCAAGUAAUUUGACAGAUUAUCUAAUUCCAAAUACUUUUGACUGGAGAUACAACUCGUCCAUACUAACAGGGAAGUCGUCCGACUAUCACGAUUUAGUCAACAAAGCUCCAAAUGUUAUCACGACGGCGGACAUAAAAGGACUUCAGAAAAUGUUUUCGAAGGACGUCAAUUUUGUACGUAUAAACUGGGACUACACUCUUCACUUUAGAAGGUUCCCAGGUUUACAUAAUCUUAUUCCAUGGCUGUUUGAAUUGCAUUUUGCCGACAUUUAUUUGAUAUUUUUUCACGCCCUUUUCAAACCUACGAAAAUUAUCAGUGAAACAGUAAAUAAAAUUGUACAAAAUGUUCCAAAACUUGCAUGUGCUCAUAUCCGUAUGGGCGCAAGUGACACGAUAAUAGGGGAUAAUAAACAAACAGACGAAAGACAGCUGAAAUACAUCUGGAACCUUCUGAAGACACUGAAAAAUGAACGGUAUCACAUAUUCCUAGCGACAGACGCGCAAUAUGUGCGGGACAGAGCCAAGGCGUUGUUCAAACACAUCCUGGAAGCUGAUGGACGAAUCCUGCACGUGGACUGGGGCGCCAAAGGGGAAGGUUUGGUUGGUGGUUACAGAAAAGUUGUCGUGGAUUUCUUAGUUCUCACGAAAUGUGAUGUUUUAGUGUUAACGAAAAGUGGAUUCGGAAUAAUGUCCUCCUAUCUCAACACCAAGGUUUCCAACCAGUACUGUCUAACAAUACACGGGGUGGUCGUGCCAUGUUCCCGAUACAAUGUUCAUAGUUACUUUCCGGGAGACAUACUCUCGCCAAUCUAGUAAAAUGGACGUUUUUCAUGAAUUAGGAUUAUAUUCUGGUAUAAUAACAUUAAAGCUAAUCUGUUCUUUAUUGAUGAAUUUCUGUCCGUCCAGUAAUUGAUGGAAUCAUAUAACUUAUAUAUCCUUAAAGGAAUAUCCGAAUUACAAUGUAACGCUAUAGUAUAGAAUUAGCGAUAUUUGGUUUUAUUAACCCAACAAAAAAAUAUAGACCGAGGUAGUAUUUUUUUAUGUCUUUAAACACGGAUUAGGUCAGGAUUUUAUGGAUAUUUUAGAAGUCUCUGUUUUAAUGGAGUUUGAAGCAAAUAUCAUAUUGUUCAAAUGAUUACGUAAGUCAAAUCCGUAGAAAAUAUAUACCUAUAUUAUGAUACCUCUAAUCCAUCUGUUUACAAAAUGAAAGAAUUGAUAUCAAUAUGUAAUAUAACUGCUCGAAAGACAUUCUAAAAAUAAAUUGAAUUUCACACAUCAAACUGUAAACUUUUUUAUAUCUACAUUAUCGGUCAUUUUUGUUUAACCUGACCUAAUUGCAUUGUAUCUAAUGGUUUGUUUUAUAUCCCUGAUUGGAGAUAUUUGUAUACAUUGUAAUAUGUAGUAUUGUAAAAUGUAAUACUGUAUAUCCCUGAUUGGAGAUAUUUGUAUACAUUGUAAUAUGUAGUAUU